AUGUUUCUUAUCCUCUUCUCAGUCGUUCUCUUCGGCACUGCCGUCCAGGGCCACAUGAUCAUGGCCAACCCCGUUCCGUACGGCAAGUACGCGAACCCCAGCAUCGACAACUCCCCUCUGGACAGCUCUGGGUCCAACUACCCGUGCAAGGUCACCAGCGAUCCCGACACGUGGUACUCGCAGGACAAGAUCGACAACACGUACGCGGCUGGUUCCUCGCAGACUCUCUCCUUCACGGGCUCGGCCGUCCACGGUGGCGGCUCGUGCCAGCUGGCCCUGACCAACGACAUGCAGCCCGACGCGCAGACGAGCUGGCGCGUCAUCCUUUCCAUCGAGAGCGGGUGUCCCACCACUGACGGCACCACCGCGGCUACCUACAACUGGACCGUCCCCGAAGACCUUGAGGCAGGAAAGUACAGCUUCGCGUGGACCUGGAUCUCCAAGGAGGCAGGCCAGCCCGAGUACUACAUGAACUGCGCCCCAAUCACCGUCACCUCGAGCUCAUCCACCAAGAAGAGAUCUUCCGAGGUCAGCCGUCGUGCCGCCACGGACUACCCUGAGCUCUUUGUCGCCAACCUUGACUCCAUCAACUCAUGCACCAUUGGCCCUGAUGUCGACCCCGUGUACCCUGCCCCAGGCCCCAACGUCGAG